CAAUCCAAUUUGAGGUCGUAGCGCUCGGAUUCGAAUUGGAGUAACAGACGUAGCAACUUCUGGUUUGUACUGCAUUGCGGUGCGCGAGCAAGAGCGAUGUGUAAACAGUGUGAGCGUUUAAAUUCGUGAACAAUGAAGCUCCUGAAAACAUAUGGCAGGAGAUACAAAUCGAGUUUCCUCGAAGCUUCCAAUACCAAACGCGUCUGGAGCCCCGAGGUGGUUUUGCUUCAAACGCCGCCGAGAAAUCAGUCGGAAAUUCUUUUCGACAGCCUAUGCAACCCUACGGCGAAGAUAAAGCGUGCUCCAAGAGGAAAAGUAAAGUAUGGGAAUGUAACUAACCUGUUCAACAUCAGCUCCGAGCAAUCUGAAAAUCAGCAUCGAAAGAAGUCUGGACCUCCCUGUGGACGUACUGACGACCGAGCCUGCAGGAAGCGCUCACAACAGAACUCCAAAGCCCACAGGAAAUGGCCUGCAGCCCAGCAGAAUGGUGUGUCACAGAGCCUGGCAGACAGGAAAGCCAGACCAAGACGGCAGAAUGUCAAGAGACUUCCAACAAAGCUGUCGCUUAAGAGCAAGAAGCCACAGACACAGCAGUUGCCACCAACUUCAAUAAGGAAAGGGGAUUUUCAAAAGAGCAAGUCGACUGCGAUAAGCCACAGCUCCACUAGUUCCACAUCAUCAUGUGAGAUACCUAGGCGUCAUCUCAAGGAUGAUGAGUCAUUCUCAUUAUACCUCAGCAGGGUAAAGCUUCCUGGCAAUCCAGUAAACCCCACCAGCUCAACGCCAAAAAAUGAUAUAAAACAGAAUGAUAGGGCCUACACAGAUUGCAUCGAGCUGUCUAGUUUGAGUGACAUGAAUAGCAUUGAUAUCAGCAGCCCUCACUUUAUGGAAAAUGACAGCUCUAUUGCAUAUGAAGGAAACAAAAGGCCUAGACAGGAACGAACCCACACUGCUGAUGGUUUGGUUCCCUCAUUUCUCAUCCCAGGAGAUCACAGUGACUGGAUUACUAUACGGAAGAAGAGAAAUAGAACAAAGUGCAAGCGCGAUGAUGGAAUAAAUAGAAAUAGAGUCAAAAUGAGCUUUACAAGUGGAGACGCUUCGAAUUCAGUGUGGGAUACACCUAUGGCAGAAGAAUGGUCACCAGUCCUCGUCAGCACACCAGUGUCUGACGGCCAAGUCAACAGAGUGGAAGCAAGAAAGGCGUGGUUUCUCAACUGCGCAAUGCAGACACCACGUGUUGCACCAUCCACCAUCUGUAACAACUCUGUCUUAGUACAAAACUCUGCCAUUUUGGAGAAACAAGUCCAGGGAACUGGGUCACGUAACGUAAAGGGUAGCCUGAAGCGAAAGCUAGCCAGUGCAGUGCAGUUUCAAGCUCCCUCAAAUAAAAACAACAGUGGCUUGUUUUGGGGAAAUGUUCCAGACAGCGACGUGAAAGCCAGAAGCCAAUUGAGAGACAGUAGCAGGCACAUGAGUCCUUCGACCAGCCACUGCAGGUCUGAUUUAGAAUGCAGCAUCGUGCCUCUGUCACAUGAUAAGAGUUCUGUUGAGCUUUCUGUAACUCAAAAGGAAAAAGCUCAGAUGGAAGAUUUUUAUGUUGAGGUUGCAGACCUUCAAGGAGGAGCCUUGAGCAAACCACAUGCAACUUUCGCUGUAUAUUCUGCAAAGUCUGACGUUUUAGACUCGCAAGGGAGUGGAAAGCUGUGUGACACUGAGAAAAGCAAAAGUCGCCUAUUUAUCGAGCCAGAGGCUUCACAUCAAAUACUAGGAAACAAUUCACAGCUGUUCGUAUUUCAGAAAGAUCUGCGUGUCAAGCUUGUUGACGUUAUGAAAACAUCAAAUGCUGAUAAGUGCUUGCUGCGUUCAUCUUUGUUGGUUGCUCAAAGUGACAGUGAAGAGGCAUUCUUGUCAGAGGAAGAUGUCGUACAGGAAACGUUCCAGCUUAAGGAGCUGCGUGUUGUUCUCACAGACCUAAAACAUCAAGAAACAAGGUUGAACAAAAAUGCACACGAUUGCUUACCACGCACAUCUUUAUUGGGUGAUGAAAGUGAUGCUGAACAGUCACUCUCAUCAAGGGAGUUUGCCACGUGUAAAAAGUUCCAAAUUAAAUAUGUGAGAGGUCGGAGUAAAAUUCGAAGCAAAAGAAAAGCCCAUCCAGUCAAUAGUGACAUAUGUGGUGCAUCCUUAGCACGUGAGUCACAGUGCACUCACGCUAAUGAAAACAUGCAGUCAUGCUUGUCAAAGGAGCGUGCUCUGUGGGAAAAGUUCCAGCUGAAAGAUCUGCACAUUGUUCUGACAGAUCUGAGAGACCAAUGUGCAAUACAGCCCAAAAAUGAAGUCCAGGCAGACAACACCAGCUCGUGUGGAGAGUUGCUUACACAUGAGCCACUUUGUGCAACUUUUGCUGAUGCGGAAAGGUUGAACAGACACCAUCAAAGCCAAACAAGCUCCUCUGAACUGUUCUACAGUAAUAGUGCUCAUCUGGAUGAGAGGGGCAAUCUUCUGCAUCGAAGCAUGAACACACCGUUUCAGCAUUGUCUUCGAGAGCUUUCAGAAGCUGAGAACGCAGACAUGGCAGUCGCCACAUGUAGUCCUGACAUUCUGAUUUCCAAGUGUCAUCAAAUUAUCAAUUCAUUUGCAUGCCAAGUGGAUCAAAAGCUUCCACAAAAUAAUGAUAACAAGAGUGUCAAAUAUGCCAAUAGUAUUAGGAAAAGGUCAGAAGGACAACAUGGCAGGGCCAUUGAGAAUGAACCGUUGUCAUUGCCAGCUGUUGCUCUGACUUGUGACACCGAAAAUACCGUGAGCAGUGCUACUGGUGGUUCGGCAACACAGAUGAUACCUAGCUCAUAUGCCUCUUCCAAGCACAAAACUGACUCUGAGCAACCUUUAGCACCAUGCUUACGCAUGUGCAAUGAACUCAACGAAAAGCUUAAAAUGCUCAAGGAGACCAAGGUUGUUCUUAAAAGACUCGACACUCAGCGCCAGCUCAUGCAACCUCCUCCUCCAGCUGCACUGAAGAAGAGACUUGUACAACGUAUGAGUUGCUCAAAUAAUCGACGGUCAGACUGUGCGCCAAAAGAGCGCAUCAUUGGUGCUAACUGCAACUCUUCACAAAAUAAGAGUGCUUGUAAAAACAACUGGUCUGCCUGCCCGAGACGACAGGCAAGACUCACCAUGGCUCGCAAAAGUGCAGUUCCUUCAGGAGUCCCACUGGAUGCCAAUCGAAUGCUACUCGAUAUGUGCCGUCAGAGCAAAGCCUUGACCUUCAAGCAAGCUCUUGGUGCCGGUGCUUUCAAGCAGUGCCUGAAAAUUGGCGAGGGCACAUACGGAGAAGUAUUUCGAAUUGGACAUGGAUCAAAAGCGUCUGCCAUCAAGAUUGUGCCCAUUGAGGGUUCCUUCCCUGUGAAUGGAGAAAAUCAGAAAACUGCUGCACAGAUUCUUCCAGAAGCCAUCAUUUGUCAGGAGUUGAGUGCUCUUUCCCAGAAGGGACGAAACACUAUCUGCCCAAAUUUUAUUGAAGUGAAAAGGUUAUACUACAUUCAAGACAGGUACCACCCAGCCCUCCUGAAGCAGUGGGAUGCAUUUGAUUCCAAAAGGGCAAGUGAAAACGAUAGGCCAGACUGCUUCAAGGCAGACCAGAAGUUUAUCGUGUUUCAGUUUGCAGAUGGCGGGACAUCCUUAGAAGAUUAUGAGAUAAACUCCUCAACAGAAGCCAGGAGCAUUUUCCUCCAAGUUGCUUGCGCAUUGGCCGUUGCCGAAACUGCUCUAGAGUUUGAGCACCGCGACCUCCACUGGGGAAACAUUUUGGUGGCGCCAACGAAGCAACGUCACAUUCACUGCCAUCUGCCUGAGGGUAGCUUCAGUCUCGACACAAAUGGUGUUCUGGCCUCGGUGAUUGACUACACAUUGUCCAGGUUACGCAAAGAUGGAGCAGUCAUCUAUACUGAUGUGUCCCACGAGGAUGAGCUUUUUGGUGGUGUUGGCGACUACCAGUUUGACAUCUACAGGCGCAUGAAAGAGCACAAUCAAAAUGACUGGAAGAGCUACAAGCCAUACACAAACGCACUUUGGCUCCACUACCUUUCCUGCAAGCUCCUCGAAAAGAGUUGUUACUCUACAAGGAGUCGACAACAGAGCUCCGCAGCAGCCGAACUCAGAAAGUGGAGUGACACGCUCAUCCUUCAAUGUUCAUCAUCCAAGGACAUUUUUCUCAAGUGCAUCAGCACACAGUCUAAAAAGAAAAGAGCAUGCUCUUGCGUUGGCCACUGAUGAGUGGCUCAUUCUCCAAAAAUGUCACUGCAUUGUCACUUCUCAUCCCAUCUGUUGUGUAUUUAGCAUUUCACAGGUUCACUCUAUGACAUCAUGGUUAUGAUUGAACACCACUGUGUGGUGGAACUGCUCUUUGUAAACAUAGGUUCACUAUGAUGGCGCUACACAAGUGUCACAACAUUUUUUGUUUCCAUGCUUCACAUGUAAAUACUCAUUUCCAGUCUCAUUUUUGUUCACGACCAAGUGUGUCUGCAUUUUAUCAGUUUUAGAAAUAAAUAUCACUGUAGUACUAUAGUAAA